AUGUCGGCGAGUGCGAAUCGAAAAAACGGUAAGCAAGCAUCUUGCGAACCUUGCCGUAGGGGUAAGAUGCGAUGUGAUCAUCGUAUGCCUAUCUGCGAUCGUUGCCGUCGUCGCAAUAUCGAGGCCGAAUGUUAUUAUCAUCCAGCUCCACUUACUCGACCAAACAAACGCGUUCGCACGUCCACCACCAACUACCGCGAAGCAGAAGCGAUAGAAACGAGCCAAUCGAACACUCCAGUAGCUCAAGCUUCGAUUAGCAGUCGUAAUCGAGUGUAUGACCUUGUCGGCAACAACGACCCUAGCACUCCCGCACACUCUGUUCGUGGCCCAGACGAAACACCUUCCGGAGUGCUCUCGUUACAAUCACUGCAAAGUCUUGAUGACACAAACAUACGACACAUGAAUCACGCUGCAGUAUGCGAUGAUCGCGGUAACAAAACUAUCGAAGGAGACUUACUCUCCAUAGUCCACAUUCUGAGUCACUUCCGGUACUGCGCAACUAUCAAAAAACUUGUCAUGGAAUAUUACGAUCUGGGUCAGGUCGCUAUAAUACCACGGCAUCUUGUACUGCCUGCCGUCUCUGAUCUUGAACACAUCUACGAAGAGAUCCUGCAACCUAGAACAGCCCUUGACGACGCCGCUAGUAGAGCUGCUCUUCUACCAGUGGCUGAGCGCAUUGAGCGUGCUACAAGAUCGAAGAUCGACAUAACUCCGACAACUUCUAUGGAAUUAUUUCGAAGCUGCUAUACUGGACCUAAUCUACGAGUGGAAACCAUCGGUUUGAUCUUCACCCUCGCUGCUCGUGCAUGUCGUGUAGGACUCUUCCCUAACGACAUAGAUGUGCACGAUUUUGUUCAGAUCAUGUUUCUAUGCAGUGCAAGAUGCGUACAUCUGGCCCGAGAAUUAGCGAGUGAGAUGAACGAUGUCAUAAUAUGGUUAUCGUACGAGAACCUGCGGAUCACUACAAGUACACAGGGAUAUGCCGGUCCGAGUGUCUGGCGACGGCUUGGCGAUCUGUCUACAGACUUGCUCACUCUUGAGGCGCAUCGAGAAGCUGCUCUUGCCAACGUUCCCUUCUUUCUUGCCGAAUGUCGGAGGAGGAUCUUCGCGGCUGCAUCUGUAUGGGACAAAUUCCUCGCCACCCUUUUCGGUCGUCCGCCUCGGAUCCUCAGCUCAUACGCUGACUGUCGCUUACCACUUGAACUCACUGAUGAUCAAUUGUGCUCAGGUGGGCUUACUGACGAAGAACACGCUUCUUUCGAGCUUACAGGCGGUUGGGCUACCGGAGACUCUUCAUGCAGUACAACUUACACUAGAGCAAUUCACAUCCUCUCGCAAUUCAAGGAAGAAGCUCUUCUGCACCAUCUAAAACCUCUUGAUAAUGAGCUAAGACUGAGACUUGUCCAUGUCAUUCUGACUCUUUUUAGGCAAACAUCACAGGAAUGCACGAAAGCCUGGGAGAAUUUACCAAAACGUCUGCACUACGACUCUGCUUGUUGGACGUCUAAUCUGGGCCACAUGACGUGCCUAAUGUUGGCAGAAGUUUAUCUUACCUACUUACAGACACAGUUUUACAUUCACCGCUUACUGGCGAAGGGCGAUGCGAGCUGCUCACUACUUCUAGUCCAGACUUGCUCGAGCAUGAUCGAAUUAUGUCUUGAAAUUGGUGGCUUACGUAGUCAAACGGUCUAUGAUGAACACCGAAACAUCAAGUCGAGUACUGUCUUAUGUUAUGGUUUACCAAGUGCGAUAACUCUCGUCAACGCUCUGAAGACUGCAAGGGACACUAUGAGCCGUGCGGAGUACGCCGACUUGCUUCGCCUUGUAUCAAUUCGACGUCUUCAUGUAUUUGUCUCUCUAUUGGAGACUGUUUAUCGUCCAGAAGAGGCGAAUUAUGCGAUCUGCUUGAAGGCAUCGGGUCUCAUCUCUCGUGCGAUGGAUGGUGUGCUUGAACACCUCCUAUCUGGCUUCGCCAACGGUGCGCAGCAAUCAAGCGAUGGGCUCGUGGGCGGCUCUGCGAUUGGUAUCCAGAAUCCCGCAUCACUUGAUAAUGCGGCGGGUGCAUGGCAAGUAGACACCGGCAUCGACGGGAUCACGGACUGGGAUGCAGCCGCACUGAUGGACAUGAAUGACUGGAUGGAAGGAAUUGAUUGGACAAACGUAGGCGGAGGAGUAUAA